GAGGUCAAAGGGCGCGGAGGCGGAAGUGGCUCACAAUACCGAGGCGACGGCGUCCUGGUGGGGGUGUCAGCCUCAGCCUCAGCCUCAGCCGCGCUCUCGGCCGGGACUCCUUCCUCCUCGUCCUCCUCUUUCCUCGCCGUCCCAGCUCGGGCCCCGCCGGCCCGGCAGCCCUCCUCGGGCGGGCCCUAUGAGUGUGUCCCUGGUGGUCCUUCGUCUGGAGCUGGCGGAGACGUCGCCCCUGCCCGGCGGCUUCCCUUACAGCGCGGCCGCCACUGAAAUGUCUGAUGAGGAAAUCCAGGAGAAAUCGCUUGCGGCAGCCACUGCCUCUUUGGAAGGCAAGGCGCCUGUGGAGAGAGCAGCCAUCAUUCAUCAGCACAUCGGCCGCAGGGAGAUGACAGACAUGAUCAUCGAGACGAUAAAGCCUGAUGCAGAUGAGAUGAAAGCAGCGAUGGAAGAAGAAGGCAAAGCCUCUGAGGCUUCCUCCCCGGAGGAGCGAAGUAAACACGACGGCCAAAGCGAGGGCGUGACGGCAGCGCCCGAUUCCCCUUCGAAGCAACUUCCGGACCAGAUCUCCUUUUUCAGCGGGAAUCCUUCUGUUGAAAUUGUUCAUGGUAUCAUGCACCUCUACAAGACAAACAAGAUGACCUCCUUGAAGGAGGACGUGCGCCGCAGCGCCAUGCUGUGCGUCCUCACCGUUCCCGCCACCAUGACGAGCCACGACCUCAUGAAGUUUGUCGCUUCCUUUUACGAAGUCAUCGAACACAUGAAGAUCAUCCGGGACUCCACCCCGAACCAGUACAUGGCCCUGAUCAAGUUUAGCACUCAGGCAGAUGCAGACAGCUUCUACAUGACUUGCAACGGCCGGCAGUUCAACUCCAUCGAAGAAGAUGUUUGCCAACUGGUCUACGUGGAGAGGGCGGAGGUCUUCAAGUCAGAAGACGGAGCCAGCCUUCCUGUCAUGGAUCUGACUGAGCUUCCGAAGUGCACGGUCUGCUUGGAACGGAUGGACGAGUCCGUUAACGGGAUCCUUACCACACUGUGCAAUCACAGUUUCCACAGCCAGUGUCUGCAGCGGUGGGAGGACACUACGUGUCCGGUGUGCAGGUACUGCCAAACGCCAGAACCCGUGGAAGAAAAUAAGUGCUUUGAGUGUGGGGUCCAGGAGAACCUGUGGAUCUGUCUGAUCUGCGGACACAUCGGAUGCGGGCGCUACGUGAGCCGGCACGCGUACAAGCACUUUGAGGAGACCCAGCACACCUACGCCAUGCAGCUGACCAACCACCGAGUUUGGGACUACGCUGGAGAUAAUUACGUGCACCGGCUGGUGGCCAGCAAAACGGAUGGGAAGCUGGUUCAGUACGAGUGCGAGGGGGACGUGUGUCAAGAGGAGAAGAUUGACGCCUUGCAACUAGAGUACUCCUACUUGCUCACGAGUCAGCUGGAGUCGCAGCGCAUCUACUGGGAGAACAAGAUCGUCCGAAUAGAAAAGGAUACGGCCGAAGAGAUUAACAACAUGAAGACUAAGUUCAAAGAGACCAUUGAGAAGUGCGACUCCCUCGAACAGCGGCUGAACGAUCUAGUCAAGGAAAAACAAGCCAUUGAAAGGAAGUGCACGCAGCUCAACGCCAAGGUUUCGAGGCUCAGCUCCGAGCUCAAAGAGGAGCAGGAGAUGAACAAGUGCCUGAGGGCUAAUCAGCUCUUGCUGCAGACCAAGCUGAAGGAGGAAGAGAAGCUGCUGAAGGAGACCUGCGAGCAGAAGGACCUGCACAUCACAGAGGUCGAGGAGCAGCUCCGAGACGUCAUGUUCUACUUGGAGACCCAGCAGAAGAUCAGCCACCUCCCGGAAGAGGCCCGGCAGGAGAUCCAGGACGGACAGAUCAAUAUCGCCAUGGCCUCGGCCAGCUCGUCAUCGGCAGGGGGGCCGGGGAAGCCGCCUUCCCGGAAGGGCCGAGGCAAACGAGGCAAGUGAAGGGGGAGGUUGGGAGCGGUUGACCUGACCGAAACCUGGCACACACACCCCUCCCGUGGGAGUUGCCUGCCGGAUGAAGAAGAGGCACCAGAGUCUAGUGAGGGAUCGCUUAUCCGUUUCCUGGAUCCUUUCCUGUCCCGUUGCACUGGCCCACGGCAAACAACUGCCGUGAAGCACUCUUUCCCUGUGCGAGUGUGGUCCCCUCCUCCUUAGGUAGCACGUCGUGAAUCCUUUUGGGCUGCCCGGCCCUUUCUUCACCCCUGCUCCUCCCUUCCUCCUGACGCUGCUGCCUACCUGAGAACCACCGUGUUGUCGUGUACUGAGACGUUGGCUCGAAUUCUUUCUGAAAAGUACAGACUGUCGGAAAUGAUGGCGCAGCCUCGGGUUUUGAUUUCGGGUGGAACGGGAUGGGAGGCGGACACCUUGGCAACACCUUCUGAAAGCUGGGUGUGAGGUCUUCGUGGGGGGGGGCUUUUCUCCUCU